AUGAGCAAAGAACCAAAACAACAAUCGACAAAUACAUCAAAAAAGACAGAUGUACCAUUAAAGAAUAAUGGUGACGAUUCGAAGCAACAACUACAGCCAUCGGUAAUAUCGGCCUCUUUAUCAACGGUAGCUAAAGAUUUGAAUCUACAAGAAAAUCUAGAAAGUACUAGAUUAAUUUGGUAUGAUUCAAAUAUUGAUAAAACUAAUGAUACGAAAAAAACAAUGAACGAAUUACGUGAAAUCAAUAAUUUUAUUGUAUUUCAUAUUGAUUUAAAAACUUGUAUUGAUUAUAUUGAAUCGAUUACAAAUGAAAAAAUAUUUCUUGUUACAUCUGGAAGAGAUGCUUUAAAUAUUUUAAUAAGAGUUCAUGCAUUAAAGCAAAUUGAUUCAAUAUUUAUUUUUUGUUUAAAACCUAAAAAAUAUCAAUAUCUAUUACAAACAUAUAUUAAACUAAUUGGAAUUUAUACAAAACGUCAUGAAUUACUUAAUUCUCUUAAAGAGAAUAUUAUUCUUGUUGAAAAACAUUUAGAAACAUUUAAUUUCUAUAAUCAACAUAAACAAAAAUCUACAAGAGAUUUAUCAAAAGAAUCAGCAGAAUUUCUAUGA